AUGUGCAGCGCCGCCGCCGUCUACGUGGGGAACCCCGCAGCGGUGUUUCUCUCCGGCGGGCUUUUGGCAGAUGGCCGGUGUAAUGCGAAGCUGUGGGUGCUGAAUCCGAGGACGGGGACCUGCCAGGGGCUCGCGUUCCCGAUCGGUGCUCGGUUCUCGCACUCGAUGACGCCCCUUUCCCUGGCGGUGGGGGAGCGGAUUUUGAUUUUGGGCGGCUGUGGAUCCUCCCCGCGCGCGGAGCUCCCCGCGGCGGCGUUGUGGGAUCCUCACACGAUGCGGAUUACCCCGCUUUCGCUCCCACCAGAGAGCCCGACGUGGGCUCGACAUGCUUGCGUUGCCCUCGGCAAAGGGCGGUUGGCGAUCGUCGGCGGGGGGUUUACCUGUUUUUCCUUCGGCACCUUUACGGCAAAACCGGCUUUGCUGGAAAUCGGGACCGAGGUGGAUCCGCUUCCCACGCCAACGACCGUCUUCUCUGGGGUGGAAUCCGCAUCGAAGCCGCUUUCGACCGGGCGAAUCGCGAAUGAAACGGGCGCGUACCCCCCUAAGGAGGCCUGGUUAACCUCCCUGCUCGCCCUUCCACGGUCGGUCGUCGAGGAAGUGGAGGGAUCCGCCGGGGUGGAGAAAGUUUUGCAGGCGAUGCGGGAAUGCCGGCGACCGAUCGUCCUCCGCGGAGCCUCGUUCGGGCCCUGCGUCGCGCGAUGGGCGGAUCCGAAUUACCUCAAGGCGGCCACCAAGGAUGCCGUCGUUUCCGUGCAUGUCGCGAAAGGCGCUUAUGUACUCGAUUUCGUGCGAAAAAAUUUCACCUUCCGCCACGUUCCCUUUUCGGAUUUGAUUCAACACCUGCAGGACGCGACUGCCCACUACCGAGCGCAUGGAAACGUUCCCGACGAGUGUUGGUACUUUCGAUCCAUCGCGACGCAUAUGAAGACUGAACGAGCGAAUCUUUGGGUGGAUUUUAAGGCGCUCGGGCGGGAUUUUUGCCUUCCAGACGGGAUCCGAGAGCAGGUGAUGCCGAAAAUGCAUCAAUCCUGUCUGCGCCUCAACGCGGCGCCACUGCAGCUGUGGACGCACUACGAUACGAUGGAGAACGUCCUCGUGCAAGUGGUCGGUCGCAAACGCGUCGUGUUGUUUCCACCUAACCAGUAUGGGAACCUCUACAUCUCGGGAAGCUCCUCACCGGUUUUAAAUAUUGAUGCACCGAAUUUAUCGCAGUACCCCCGCUUCAUCGACGCCUGCAAAAAUGCGAUGGAGGUCAUUCUCGGGCCUGGCGAUUUGCUGUACUUCCCAGCCAACUGGUACCAUCAUAUCACGACCCUUGUGGAGGAAUCCAGUGAUGCGCCCCCUUACAGUUUAUCUGUGAAUGUUUUUUACCGCCGCUUCGAUUCCUCUGACUACGAUAAAAAGGAUUUGUACGGAAAUAAGGAUCUCCCUGCGGUUGUAGAGCUUCGUCGAAAAAUCACAACCCACGUCCGCGAGCUGAUCGACAAUCAACACUUGAAGGCAGGUGGGGAGCCGCUUUGCCCAGAGUACAAGGAGUUCGCGUUACGACAAGCGCUGCAGGAUUUGGAGGGCCUCGCCGACUCCCUUGGAGCUUCUGCAAACCAAUAG